UUGACUCCUGCUAAUUCAGGCACUGUGGCCAUUGUUACCUCAGACGGUAGGAUGAUUGUGGGCACCCUGAAGGGCUUUGACCAGACCAUCAACCUAAUCCUGGAUGAGAGUCACGAGCGAGUGUUCAGCUCCAAUCAGGGGGUGGAGCAGGUGGUGCUGGGCCUCUACAUCGUCAGGGGAGACAACGUAGCUGUGAUUGGAGAGAUCGACGAGGAGACCGACUCCACGCUGGAUUUAGGAAACAUCCGAGCCGAGCCGCUCAACUCUGUCGUCCACUGA